AUGUCCGUUCUAUCGGGUGGCAAAGUGCCUCCCGUACCGAUCUUCUCGCCAGAUCGUCCCAGCCUCGAUGCGUCAUCACGCCCCAGCGUCUCGAGCGAACGGCCCAGCGUCUCAAGCACUUCGAGUCGGAGCCAGCCCGACCGGGCCAACAUCCCAUCUACGUAUACCCAUACAUCCGUCUCCGUCUAUUCACGGCCCUCCUUCGAGUCAACAUCUUCUGUGGAUCCCGGCUCGCCUGUCCUCCUUGAGCAUACACCUCACGGCCCUGUCGAUGGCCCAGAGGUGCGCCUGCGCCCGCCCGUCGCACGCCAUGUCACUACAGACACCGAGUCCGCACGCACGCCGUCGACGUAUUCGACCCAGACGUUGUCCCCGCUCAGCGCGCAGUUCCCGCAAGUUCCAGCUGGGGUGCCGAGCAGGCUGCGAGUGACGAACACGGAUAUAGAAGACGAGGCUGAUGAUGCGGGUGUGGGAGGAGAGAAGGUGAUCCCGCAUGCGAUGAACCCGGUGUCGCCCCUGCUUUAUGCGUCGUUCGGUGCUAACGAGCGACAUUCGGGGUACACGGAGGAGACGGAGAGACGGUCAUAUGCGUAUUCGGAGUCAGAUGAUGGCCACGCGUCUCGCAAGUCGCGUGGGCUGCGGUCAGACUCGGGGAGUGUGCGAUCCCCUGUGUCGCCUACAUAUGGUUCGGGUAUUGCGUCUGCGCUGCGCAUGCAUGCGGAGAGUGGGCGCGAGGAGCGUGUUGGCCUUGGGAUGCACGCGGUCGCGGUGGAUGCUGAUGACGACGACGAGGAUCAUUCUGGAAUAGAUGAGGAUCCCCGCACGGAUGCGGAUGUUGAAGGAGAGACAUCCGUCGCUCCUGCCGUCGACGACGGGCACACCGUCUGCACUUAUGCCUGGGGCACCUGCAGCGCUUACGCCUGGGACACUAUCUACACUGAUCCUGGUGCUUCACUUUCUCCUGGGACACCGUCAGCACUCAGUCCUGGAACUCCCUCAGCGCUAAGUCCGGGCAUACCAUCGGCACUCGCUCCAGGGAGCUCAACUCCAGGCCAGGACGCAGUUCCACCAUCGACUCUACGUCCCCGUCAGCCUAACCAGGCACCUCAUCCCUUCUCACGUACAUCGAUAUUCCUCCCUCAUCCGAAUGCUCCCAAGAUAGCUCCAGGCGGCCAAGGGCUGGGUCCCAUGUAUGCGCGACCCCAGCCUCCUAAUGCAAGCCCUGGGUCAAUGCCGCCCGUACAGCCACCGCCCAAUGCCACAGCGUUCUCCGUUCAAGUUCUCCGCCACCUCAGGAGUAUCUCCCUUGGUCCUGGAGCGCGCAGGCCGCCGAUGACGCUGUAUGCACGCUGCGAGCCUGAUUUGAACUUGAGUGCUGGCCCUGUGCCGAUCAUGUUCUCGAUGGACCCACUUCCACCACGACCAUACGUGCCUUCUGCCACACAUCAAGCUCCUCAGUCUGUGGCACCUGUUCCACCCACUCGCGCUGCAACUGUUUCUGCUCCGGUACGAAGGGGCUCAGCUGCGCCUCCAGCUCUUGCACAUCUCCGCGGGGCACCACCGCCUAGUAGUGCGCAAGAUACCAGUCCAAAUACAAGCGCUAAUCCGACCAACACAUCGCCACUUAGACUGCCUGGGCGGUCAGUGACGACGCUUGCAGGUGCGCAGGAGCCAGCUGCGAGUGGUAGUGCGCCUGUGGCUCCCAUUUCGCGCCCGAAUUUUGUCCCGCAGGUGGGCGCUGCCCGACCGAGAUCGAGGUCAUUUUCGGGCUUCGGGGAAGCUGGGAAUGUUGGUGCUUUGCCUGAGCGAAGGACGCAAAGCAUAUCUCUGACUGCCGCUCCUGUUUCAACCCCUUUCCCUUCUUCACAGCCUGCGUCCGCAUCUGCGCCCACGACAAAUGGUCUUCCAGCUGCCUUGAGGGCACGUCACAUCCCCUCACCUCUUUCCCUGCAGAAUGGCAGCUUGAGUCGUGAACGAAAUCCCAAUAGCAUCGUUUCUUCCACCGAUAUUCCAUCUCCCAAUGCAGGCCAGCUGAAGUCACCGAUCACCCCAGGUUUCCAGCAGUCAUCUCCUAUUCCAAUUGUCACGCAGUUUGGGCUACAGCCCCCGUCUACAGGAGGUUCCUCGGCCAGCCCUGCACCCAGUUUUAGUCCGAUUAACUUCAGCUGA